GAGAUGUGCUGUGCUGCAGCAGCAGCACCACUACUGCACUCAUCGACGCAUCAACGGACUGCGGAUCGUCGCACUAGAGAUUUUAUACGAGUGAUACGCGCGGAUAUAGGAGGACAAGAUUGACUGAUUGAGAUUCGAGAGACAGAGAGAGAGACAGAGAGGAAGAGAGAAACGUCGCGAGGUCGUCGCCGCGGACAGCCAAUCGAGUGCAUUCAUAUGAGUGGCUAUAAGCUACCAAGCAGGUGAUAUAGGACAUGCGACCCGUCCUCGUGGCGGUAUGGUUCCUCAUUGUCACCCCUGUCAUCGGCUCCUUCUGGACCGUAGGUAGUCAGCUGGUAAUGGACCCGAUGCUCGUGUGCAAGAAGACGCGCCGUCUCAAGGGUAAGCUCGCCGAGAUCUGCCGCAAGGAGCCGGCUCUGCUCAAGCAAAUUACCAAGGGCAUGCAGAUCGGCACGAAGGAGUGUCAAUAUCAGUUCCGGAAUCGUAGGUGGAACUGUACGACUUUCAAAAGGUCUCUUAAGAAGAUCAUUCUGCGCGAUACCAGAGAGACCGGCUUCGUCAAUGCUAUCACGGCGGCUGGCGUGACUUACGCCGUCACCCGAGCCUGCACCAAGGGCCACCUAGUCGAGUGCUCCUGCGAAAAAAUGAAUCCCAAGAGUAGCCGUUACGGAAAACUCGGAAGACUCGCCAGCAAGAGCCGACACCUGCCGAUGGACGGCGACUGGGAGUGGGGCGGCUGCGGCGACAACGUCAACUUCGGCUUCAAAAAGUCCCGGGAAUUCAUGGACGCGCCGUUCCGCAAGCGCAGUGACAUCAAGACGCUCCUCAAGCGCCACAACAACGACGCCGGUCGUUUGGCGGUGCGCAACUACAUGCGAACCGAGUGCAAGUGUCACGGCCUGUCGGGCUCGUGCACGGUCAAGACCUGCUGGCGCAAGAUGCCGGCCUUCCGCGAGGUGGGCAACCGCCUCAAAGAGUCGUUCGACGGCGCCGCCAAGGUCAUACCGGGCAACGACGGGCGCAGCUUCAUCACCGAGGGCCUGACCAUCAAGCCGCCGGGCCGCUACGAUCUCAUCUACAGCGAGGACUCGCCGGACUUCUGCCGGGCCAAUCGCAAGACGGGGGCGCUGGGCACCCAGGGCAGGGAGUGCAACGCCACGUCCCAGGGCGUGGACGGCUGCGAGCUGCUCUGCUGCGGCCGCGGCUACGACACGCGCGUCGUGCGCGAGCGCGUCAAGUGCCAGUGCAGCUUCAGGUGGUGCUGCGACGUCGUCUGCAACACCUGCGUCGCCCGAAAGACUGUCAACACUUGUCGUUGAGCCACAUGUACAUUCGCGAGUGACGACACGCGCGAAUUCGAGAGAGACGGUGGAAACUUUUUUUAA